UGUAAUCAGCCAGCGAAAAACAGAGAAACAUACGCAACGCAGGUUCUGCGGAGCCGCGUAUAUUUAAAGAAAAUACACUGUCAUUUAAAGAAACCAUCAGAGUCUAGGGCACCAGCCGCCAGCCGCCCGCCUAUUUGGUCUUCAAGAUGCGCGCCCAAUGGCAUUUACAGUUCUUCGCAGAAAUUUGAAUCGGCGCGCUUCGGGUGUGGAAGUCUUUGGUAAAUCUUAAGGUUUGAUAAAUCCGUAUCACCAGCUAUUAUCGGAACAAACUAGUAAUCCAAGGGCAAAGAUCAUAUUCUUAUCUUUUGGAUAACUAUGAAGAGGUUGAAGAAUUCGAACCGUGUUUCCUGGCCUUCAGAGGUUGAUCUUUGUCAGGUAAGGCUGUUUCUGUCAGAUGAUUGUCCAUCACAAGUUGGCCUAGAAGCUCAAGAUCAUCUUCAAGAAAAGUCAUCAUGGAUAUUGCAUUCAAACUCCAUGGACUCUGAUGACCUUCCCCCUGGCUUUGAAGUGUCCCAUCAUGCGAAUCAGUUGAAGGGGAUGUUUUCUUUCAUUCCUCAGAUGAAAUGGAAAUGCCCUCCCAAAUUUGUUUUGAGUCAAAAUUGGCAAGUGGCAGCCGGUGAAGAAAGUAAGGAAGUUGGAGAUCAGAGACUGAGGGAAUUGACAGUGCUUGAAGCUAUUUAUCCCCGACUUUCGUCGAUUCCUUCCAGCCCUUCAGUUUCAUUGGAUAUAGAAGAGUGCCAGCUGGACGAUAGAUACACACCUGUUAUCCCCAUCACUCCCAUUGAAGAAGAUGACCCAAAACAUCUACAACCUGAUUUUGCAGUACCAGUCAGCACUUCCAUAACCUUGCCACCCCCGAUAUUAACCCAAAGCUCGUUGGCAUCUUCAACUCCCCUUGCUUCACAAUCUAACAUUCCUGCCUUAAAUCCACUAGCCAAUGAAAAACCUGCACUUGAGAAAUUACCUCAUUCAGAGGCUGAUAUUACUGCUGCUGCUGCUGCCGCGGCCUUUACUGCAAUCAUGAAAAGCAAUGAGCAGGGAAGCUUGAUUGACACCAACUUGCUUAUUAAAAUCCUCAGCAGCCCAGAAGUGAUCGAGAAAUUGAUGGACAGUUGUGGAACACCUGCCAACCCUGAAGCAGUCACGGUGCCUGCAUCAAAGCCCCCAAAUCCAUCAUCCUGUUUGUCCAGACCAGAACCUUUGUCCAGACCAAAACCCUCUUCAACUACGAUGGUUCCCGAAGAAGCACCUGCCUAUACGGGGACAGCAUCCAUGCCUCGAUCAAAGCCAGAUAUAGCAUUGCCAAGCCUAAAACCCGAAAAGGUUUCCUCUCUGCCACCAGCAAAGAUGCUUCCUCGGCUACAAGUACCUACCAGUACAGAAGCAAGUCCCAUAUCCCGAUCAAAGCAGGUACAUUUGCUAGACCCCUUGCCCAGCUCUGGUCCUGGUGUGGCUUUUGCACCAGGAUUGGCAAAUGGAAAUGUUAACCCCAUCCCACAAGGGAUGAGCUCUGGUUCAUAUCCAAUGCUUUCCCUGCAAAAUAUGGGUAAAAAAAUUAGCUCGGUGGCCACGAAACCAUCAAUCAUGAAAGAUGCCAACUACUAUAAGAACCUGGUUAAGUUACAUGGGGGAGAAAGGCAAGAGACCCCAGAUCCUAUUCCUUCACAAUACAGUAGUUUGCAUGAUCACUAUCACGACCCAAAACCAGUACAGGAUUUUAGACAAGUAGAUUUGAAAUACCAGAAACCUUGCAUCUACUUCAACAGCUCAUUGGGGUGCAAGAAUGGAUCCAGUUGCCUAUACCAGCAUGUGACGCCAUUUAAAUGGCAUGCUGACAGCGUUUGGGAGGGUCAUGGUGCGAAGAGAAUGAGACUGGGAAAUGAAAUUGCCGGGGGAAGGCAAUGAAAGUAAGGAAGAAAAAGAAGAUGCUCCACUUGUUGAAUAUAUUUUUGCCAAGCCAAAUGUUGAUGUGUGAUACAUGUAAUAGUUGGAUGAAUUGAUAAUUUUUUAAGGAGAAAAUAUCUUUUUAAGGAGAAAAUAUCUUUGAGUCAUGUUUAUGUUUCGGACCCAAUGGGAUGUAUGUGGUGCGAGAAUCAGUUAGGUUUUCAUGCAAGUACUUCAACAAGUGUAAAAAUAUUAAUGAUGCUUAUUAUGUUGGUUUUUAAA